AUGAUCUGCUCUAACUAUGCCGUUUGUACCUAUUCUGCUCUCACCCAAGAGAGAAUUCGUGUUGGGAUUGCUGCUGAGUACUUCCGUCAAUCCACGACUCGUCUCCUCAAAGAGAAAUUAAAUGUGCUUCCACAACUUCUUCUCAACAAAAACCAGAUCUUCAAUUAUGGAUUUCCGGUCGAAAUGGGAGAUCAAGUGUACAUUCAACCGAAUGAAUACCAAAGGGAUCGGGAGAUGUUCUAUGCUGACAACGAUUCGACCCGAGUUUGCACCAGAUGUCAAUCGACAUUCCACGUGAAUACAGACGGAUCACAAGCAAUCACUUCCUCAGCUGCAAUCUGUCAGGAUAUCGACGGAGUUCAAUACAACUUCCACAUUCACACCCAGCAGCCAAUGAAGAAUCUGAAAUUGUUCAAGAAGGCUCCGGAAGUGAACGAAUUCAACGGGGAAAUGAGUGGAAAGUUGUUUGCAAUUGACGUGGAAUCAGUGUAUACAAGCAAAGGACAAGAGGUUGGACGAGUUACAAUGGUGGAUUAUCUGGGGACGACACUGAUUGAUGCAAUUGUGAAACCAGAGAAUCAAAUCUUUGAUUAUGUGACAAAGUACUCAGGACUCACCCCAAAUCAUAUGCAAUUCGCCACGGAAACAUUGGAUUCAGUUCGAGAGAAAAUCUUCGACCAUAUCAAUGAGGAAUCCAUUCUGGUUGGUCAUGCAUUGAACGGAGACUUGAAGUCGUUGAGAAUUCUUCAUUCAAAAGUCAUCGAUACAUCGGUUCUCUUCGAAAGCAACGGAAGACGUCCUUCACUCCAAAAGCUGUCUUCUUUCCAUCUGAAGCGAGAGAUCCAGAACUCCGCAGGAGGACAUUGUUCAAAGGAAGACGCUGUAGCAUCUCUCCAACUGGUCUAUUUUGGACUCAUGAACCCCCCAUCUUCUGUCUCCAUUCUAUCAAGUUUCUUGUUCAAUGCUCUAAUUUCUUGUCCUUUAUUUAACUCAACUUUGUACAUUUUGUUCUGUAUUUGUUUUUAG